AUGGAUUCCACGGAUAGUGCUUUCGCAUCAUCAGAGGUUAAACCUUACGAUGAUGGGCCGUGCGCUAUUGAAAACAUCCACAACAAGGCGCAUGACAUCUUCCCUGUACCCUUCUCUGGGAUAAAGCUGCUCAUUAACAGAGGCCUUUCACCUCAUUUCCAGGUCAGUCACUCGUUAACACUUAGUAGUGGCGAAACCGCUGGCUAUCGUUUCGGGGCUACUUAUGCAGGUCACAAAAAAGUCUCUGAAACUGAGGCAUAUCCCGUCCUCAUGGGUGAACUUCAACCCAACGGUCAGCUUCAGGCUCAAAUCGUUGAUCAACUCUCUCCCAUGUGUCGCGUACGCUAUCUAGCCCAGAUUCAGAAAUGUGCGAUGGCUGGACAGCAGAUAGCCGGUGAACUACGUGGAGAAAAGUGGCAAUUUGGCGUCACCCUAAUCAAUCCUGAUCUGAUACGCUCUCAGAUGAUGUUGGCGGUCGAUACAAUGCGCAAAAUGUCGAGGCGAUUUUAUAUGGGCUCCAUGUUUUUCUACCACCUCUCACCUCACGUCCCUGGGGGUCACGAUGGUGUCUGGAGUCUCGGAGGUAAAUACGUCUCCGAUUUUUGGCAGUUUUCUGUUACCGCCCGGCCCUAUCAAUUGGCAUUUCAUUCCAGUUUUCAUAUGAAAGUUAACGAGAAUCUUCAACUAGCUGCUGAGCUGGAAUCGAAUUAUCAACAACAGACAAACAUCUCCACUAUUGGUUAUCAGUACGACCUUCCCAAGUCGAACGUCACCUUUAGAGCACAGUUUGAUUCCAACUGGAACAUCGCAGCCAUGCUGGAAAAACGCCUUGUCCCCUUUCCCAUGACUUUCACACUUACUGCUCUGGGAAACAGCAUAGCUUCGAAGUACGAAGUGGGAGUCGGCUUGACAGUCGCCUAA